AUGCUGCCCACGCCACCUCCAUCACCUCAAUUGUCGACAUGUCUUCCACCUGAGGCACGAUUAGGAUGCAUCCUGGCUGGCCGUUUGGAGCUCACUUCGAUCCUCGGACACGGCGCAUUUGGCGUUGUCUAUCAGGCUGUUGACGUCUUGACCAACACUACCUACGCUGUGAAAGCUCUACCGAAAGCUGGUCUCGAUGCACGGCAAAAGCGGAUCCAGGGACGCGAGAUCGCUCUCCACUACCAAGCAAGCCAGCACCCAAAUGUGUUGGGCAUGCAAAGGAUCCUGGAGAGUCCGGACUGCACCUUCGUAGUUCUGGAGUAUUGCCCUGAGGGUGAUCUAUUUGCCAAUAUCACGGAACAAGGUCGGUACGUUGGAGACGACCAUCUGGCCAAGCACGUUUUCCUCCAAAUUUUGGACGCCGUGCGAUAUUGUCAUUCGGUUGGUAUCUAUCACCGCGACCUGAAGCCUGAGAAUAUUCUCGUAAAGGAUCAUGGCCACACCGUCAAGCUUGCCGAUUUUGGUCUCGCAACGAAAGAUAGCGUCUCGAACGACUACGGCUGUGGAUCUACUUUUUACAUGUCACCUGAAUGUGGCCAUAGCCAGCCCCACGCCCGCUACGCGACCGCUCCCAAUGAUGUCUGGAGCCUUGGCGUCGUUCUGGUCAACCUGACCUGUGGUCGCAAUCCAUGGAAGAAGGCCUCUCUUGAAGACUCGACCUUUCGUGCUUUCGUAAAGGAUCCAAAUUUCUUGAGAUCAAUUCUCAAUAUCACCCCCGAGCUCAACCACAUCCUGGAACGCAUCUUUGAGUGUGACAUUCGACGUCGCAUUGGCCUAGAUGAGCUACGGGAGUUGAUUGUUGCUUGCCCUCAAUUUACGACCUUCUACUCCGAAUUGGCACCUAGUCCACCCAGGUCGCCCGUCGAGUAUGCUCCUGCUACUGUUGAUGCCAUGGACUGUGCCGCCACUGCGCCAUCGUCACCCGAGACCGAUAUCCUCCGUCAGAGCCUCAGGUUCACCUCGCCCGCUUCCCAAUGGUCUAUGUUCUCGCCGUCCUCGAAACAAAACUCGAUCUACUCUACUACAUCCUCGGAUUCUGGAUACGACUCCGACGCUUCUUACACCGAAGUCUCCAAUAAUCAACCUUUCAACUUCUACGGUAACCUCAUACCGUUCCAGGAGCAGAACAAAGGCCCGUACUUCACACAUCAACCCUAUGUGGCCACCAACAUCACCGCAUAUUAA